GAAGGUUCUUACGGACAAAAAAUUUGAGAAAGUUAUCGGAUUAGAGAAAUAUGACGAGGUGGUGAUGAAAUUACAGAGGCGCCAUCUAUCCAGCAAAUAGUCAACUAAAUUAUUUUUGGUAGUCAAUGGCAACCAUUUAAAUAAAAUAAAUCAUUUAUUUAAAAUGUUUUUAAAAAUGCAUGCAAAUAGACAUACAAACAACGCAAAUGUUCGCAAAUGUUCGUUGAAGUCCAAGGAUGGUUUUUACGGCUAGAAAAAUUAGAAUUAUUGCUGGAAAAACCCUAAAAAUAGCCCUUUUCUUUUUAAAAUAGCCCUUCCUAUAAUAUUUAUAAUAUAAUACUGAUCGUAUCCAUGGCAACCAACAAUCGUGUUUUGUGCAGAGUGUUUAGUUAGUUAGUGUUUGUUUAGUUCGUGAUUAGUGAAAAAAUAAUUUAUAUUUGAUAUGCCUCCUAUAAGACGAAGCAAUUUAGGUAGAAGAACCAGAAAUGCUACAAACCAAGCUAAUUACCGAUCUAAUUCACAAACGCGUGAAGCGCGAGCAAGUUUGAAUCGAGCUGCUUUUAGUUACGAUGUGUCAAUUGACUACAGUAACUACCAAUGUGUUGUUAUUGGUUCUAUGAACUCGGUUUGCUCACACUGUAAGGCAUUAAAAUACAAAAACGAAGCCAAUGGAUUGUGUUGCGCAAAUGGUAAAGUGAAAUUGAUACCAUUGGAUCCACCACCAGAACCAUUGUACUCAUUGGUUUCAGGAAUAGGAACAGAUUCUAUACACUUUUUGACAAAUAUCCAACAAUAUAACAAUUGCUUUCAAAUGACUUCAUUUGGGGCAACAAAUGUAGUUCGGGAAAAUUUUAUGCCAACUUUCAAGAUACAAGGGCAAAUAUAUCACAGAGCAGGUUCACUGUUACCAGUGUCAGAUAGCGACAACAAAUUCCUGCAAAUUUAUUUUAUGGGCAAUUCACCACAAGAAAUUGAUCUGCGUUGUGCACAUAACAAUUUAGUAAAGAGGUCUAUUGUAGAACAAUUACAAACUUUAUUUCAUCAGCACAAUCAAUUGAUUAUAUUGUUUAAAACUGCCCUGGAUCUGAUGCCAUCCGAUAAUCACAAAAUUGUAAUCAGAGCUGAUAAAACACCUGCAGGUCAACAUACAAGACGUUUUAAUGCACCAACUAUUGAUGAAGUUGCUAUCGUUGUAGUUGGAGAAAACUUGGAAUCCCGUGAUAUUGUUUUACGUCGUCGGAAUGAUCAAUUACAACGUAUAAAGGAAACACACCGCUCAUAUGAUGCACUGCAAUAUCCCAUUAUAUUUUGGCAAGGUGAAGAUGGCUACGAUUUCUCAAUAAAAAUGAUAAAUCCCAUUGCAGCGGUUCUGAAAAAGUCAGUUCAAUGAACUAUUAUUCAUACCACCUAAUGAUUCGGGAAAAUGAAGAUAAUCACAUAUUGAAAUGUCGGCGAUUAUAUCACAAAUAUGUUGUUGACAUGUAUGUUAAAAUUGAAACGGAAAGAUUAACAUUCAUCAGGUUGAAUCAAACCAAACUCCGAUCUGAAGAGUAUAUUCACCUUCGAGAUGCGAUUAAUACUGAUGGAAAUGCACAGAAUGUCGGUCGGAUGACUAUUCUUCCAGCAACAUACAUCGGAAGCCCUCGGCAUAUGCACGAAUAUGCUCAAGAUGCCAUGCCGUAUGUUCGUCAUUAUGGUACAGCAGAUUUGUUCAUCACAUUUACAUGCAAUCCGCAAUGGAUAGAAAUCAAUCAGGAGUUAAUCUCUGGGCAAUCACCCAUUGAUCGUCAUGAUAUUACAGCCAGAGUCUUUAGACAAAAGUUGAAAUCUUUAAUGGAUUUCAUCGUAAAACAUAAUGUGUUUGGUGAGACACGCUGCUGGAUGUAUUCUGUGGAGUGGCAGAAACGAGGAUUGCCACAUGCACACAUUUUGAUUUGGUUGGUUGAAAAUAUAAGGCCAAAUGAAGUUGAUGCAGUGAUAUCAGCUGAAAUCCCUAAUGUACAAGUAGAUCCUGGAUUGCAUGAGGUAGUUAUCAAAAACAUGAUACAUGGUCCCUGUGGAACUCUUAAUCAAAAUUCACCGUGUAUGAUGGAUGGUAAAUGUUCAAAACGAUAUCCACGGACAUUAAUAUCGGAAACAAUUACUGGUAAUGACGGUUAUCCAUUGUAUCG